GAGCCUUUGUUCUUUUUUAAACAGGUAGAGGGUGGAAGGGAGGCAGGUUUUGUGUUCUGGGUUCCUCCAUUUUGUGUAUGGCGGUGUGGUUUGUGUGCAGGUUCUGAAUGGGUUCCAGUUGGCUUUCAGGAUUUUAUUUACAAGAAAAUUAUAUUAAAUAAGAACUAUACCUACCUUGGAGCAUCUCUUGGACAACUUGUUGUUGUUGGACUGCCACUGGAACUACAGAAUAAGCAUCAACAAACAAACAAACAGUCAGGUCUGUGAGGAUGAGAAGGUCUCCACAGUCUGGAGUCUGGUCUCUGACAGGCUCAACAUACCUGUCAAUCAACAGGGACUCCUCUACAAAGGCAAGGCGCUGGCAGGUAGGCUGAACAACACAGCACAGCACAGCACAGCACAGAUCACCCCUCAUCUCGCCCCUCACCUCACCCCUCCUCUCACUCCUCGCCUCACCCCGGGUCAGUGUGGCACAGCCUGCCUGCUCUUCUGAACAAACACUUCAGCCCUGCAGACGCAGUGAGAGUCUGGAGCAGCUACACAAGGUGAUGAAGUGACACUUUGAAUAUGGGGCCUGAUGAGAGAAGUAUCCUUUUCAUGUGGUUUUGGUUUUGCCGUUGUGAGCAGGUAUGGGAGACAGCACCGUGUCUGCAUGUGAAAUAACAAAGUCAUCGCAGUGGAGGGACUCUCUGAAGGCUGCUGUUUGUGGAUUUGUCUUGUAAUGUGAGUGAUCUACUGUACUGUGAUGCCACUGUCUGUACGCACGCUGCACUGCAGGGGAGACACCGCUGGCAUUCACAGGGCAUGCUUGUUCAUUUAAAGCACGCUGCACUGCAGGGGAGACACCAACCUUCUGGACAAAGCCAAAACAGAUAGAGGAGUGACCAAAGUGAUCCUAUCAUUCGAAAUCAACAACAAGGACCAGAAAGUCAAAGAGACAGCUAUCAAAAACCUACAAAGGAUGUACAGGUCAGCAAAGACAACCUUCCCAACUGCAGAAAUCAAAGUGCCACUGGUGAACUUCUCACGAGCACUAGACAUGCAGGCCCAACGGAACUUGGAAGAACUAAACGGAUUCAUCUCAGCCAACCUACCACACAUACCGCUAUUACCAACUGAGAAAUUUCAAGUAGGCGGAGACAACAUCCACUGGACAACCAACACAGCCAAAGAUAUGCUCCAGCACUGGUGCCAGCAUUUAAACUAGGAGACCCCACAAGCCCAAAUAUCUCCAGGGAGGGGGCAUCCAACAUAGUCAAUCUAUGUAAAUACUUCACACCAACAGAGAGUCAAAACAGCCUUUUGAGCAAAGGCCUCUCCUUCAUACCCACACCACAAACUGAAGCAAAACAGAAGCAGACACUGCGAGCAGAAACACAAGACUACCAUAGGAGGCUAAAAAUCGCAACCUUCUUUGAAGAGGAAGGAGACUCAAAUCACAUACCCUUCCUACCCAAAUCCAACUGGGAACCAAAUAACAACCAAGUUCCACAGGAAAUCACAGAGAUUAUUCUUGAAGAUCUAAAAACAAUACACAGCCUGAACCCAGGUAACUACAGAACAGAAGACAACCUAACAGCACCAGAAAGGAUUGCACUUAAGGAAUUACAAAAACAUACCGACAUCAUUUUCAAACCAGCAGACAAGGGAAGUUCAAUAGUAAUAAUGGAUAGAGAAGACUACAUCUUUGAAGCCAACAGACAACUAAAUAAUCAAGAACACUACAGGAAACUAGACGCACCAAUUUAUCUUGAUUCUGCUCAGGAAAUUAACACAAUAAUACAAACACUAACAGACCACAAAAUAAUUACUAGAAAACAGGCACACUAUCUCAAGGGGGCAGACACACCCAGAGCACGCAUUUUUUACAUGCUACCAAAAAUACACAAAUCACCAGAAACAUGGACUAUCCCACACACCAUACCACCAGGCAGACCGAUAGUAUCGGAUUGCAACAGUGAAUCAUAUAGAAUUGCAGAAUACAUAGACCACUUUUUAAACCCCCUAUCCACCAAACACACUAGCUACCUUAAAGACACAUAUGACUUCAUAGACAAAAUUAAAACACUCAAACUACCAGAAACAGCUUUUCUCUUCACAAUAGAUAUAGACAGCUUGUACACAAACAUAGAGACCAACACAGGCAUUGCAGCUAUCAGGAAAUGUCUAAAUCUAAAUCCGGAUCCAACCAGACCAGACGAGGAACUGAUCAAACUCCUGGAAAUCAGCUUAACGAAAAACGACUUUGAAUUCGACAACCAAUUCUACCUCCAAACCAAAGGAACAGCGAUGGGGAAACGCUUUGCUCCAUCAUAUGCUAACAUCUACAUGGCCGAUUGGGAAGAAACAAUCCUCCCCAGAUGCCCACACAGACCAACUCACUAUUUCAGGUACCUAGAUGACAUUUGGGGCACUUGGACACAUAGCAUGGAGGAAUUUACACAUUUCAUCUCGUUACUUAACACACACCACCAGUCCAUCAAGGUAAAAUACACCACACAUAACAGCAAAGUAAACUUUUUAGACACCACCACUUACAAAGGACCACAUUUUUCACAAACACACCAACUAGACACAAAAGUAUAUUUUAAAGAAACUGACACACACACUCUACUACACAAAACCAGCUAUCACCCUAAACACACGUUUAGAGGUUUAAUAAAAUCACAACUACUCAGAUUCCACAGAAUUUGCACACAACAUACUGACUUCCAGGCAGCUACCAAAGUCUUAUUCACAGCACUCAGACAAAGGGGGUACUCCCGUUCCUUCCUCAGAGGAAUAAGGAAAACCUUCUUAGAACAAAAGCCUAGAGACAACAAAAAGAUUAUUCCACUCAUAACUACCUACUCACAUUUUAGUGUGGCAGCUAAUUCACAGAUAAAACAAAACCUAACCAACAAAUUACAAGACACCAACCUUCUUACAGGACACAAGAUCAUCUCAGCCUACAGAAAAAACAAAAACUUGACCAACUAUUUAGUGUCCAGUAAACUGCCUUCACUUAAUCGCAAACCAACAAAAACAUCACGACACUUCAAGCAACUUUCCUCCCUCCGGAGCCAAUCCACAGGCAUCACAUACAACAUUCCACAAACCUUUACACAAAACAGCAGGAACUGCAUCUACGCAAUACAAUGCGAUACAUGCAAAAUCAUUUACAUUGGAGAAACAGGCAACACUAUCCGAGUAAGACUAACACAACACAUCUAUAAUAUCAAACACAAAAAAGAAUCACAAACACCUCUAGUAGCACACUUUCUACAACACAACUUGGAAUCUCUGAAAAUUACAGGGCUGGAGAGGAACCAGAACUGGACAAUCGGAGAAAGGAAAUGGAGAGAAAAAGACUGGAUCAACAAACUACAAACAACUUUCCCGCUAGGCCUGAACAUUAGAAUCUCCACGAUAGACCUAGACUAGAAAAGGAGCUCCAAAACAAAAAAAACAAAGAAAGAAAUCCAAAAAGAGCCAGAUGGCCAGUGCAUCUUUCUUUCCCUGAAAAACCAACCAAGUGUGGAGUUCUCAGGGAAACAAAGUUCCUACCUCAACCUAACCCUAACCCUAACCCUAACCCUAACCCUAACCCUAAACCCUAACCCUAACCCUAACCCCUAACCUCAAGCUUACUUCAUCUUAUCUCAUCUCUGCACUGUGAUGAAAAGUCUAUUUCUUGUACAAACAUUGUUAUUUUUUCAUGUUUUAUUUAUUUAUUUAUUUUAUUAUUAUUAUUAUUAUUAUUACUGGUUCCACACACUCACGAUGAUGUGGGCUGGCUGAACAUCAUAGUGGAGGCAAGGAUGAGAUCAUAUCAUUACAUUAGAUUACAGUAUAUUACAUUACGACCCUAACCAGCACAUUUAAGAAAAUGUCUGUGAUCUCGAACUCCCUGUUAUGAACGGGGGUCCAGGUUAAUCCAAAUCAUUUUAAAGGGCUGCUGAGCUGUCCAGAUUUUAAAACGAUAUGUUGGUUUGCCUGAAUCAGCAGUUCUGUUAAAUGACCACAAGAUGGCAGCAUGAGGCCAUUUUCCAAGCGCAGCGGAUUCUGAAAUGCUGUCCCAUGUUUAGUAAUGCAGGAGGCGCGGGCGCUGCUGUUUCUCCACUCCGUGUACUGUUUGUUCUCAUUUUAUUUCCGUAUU